AUGUGGUAUGAACAUGACGGAGCUCAAGACCAUAGCACAGUUGUUGCGUGUGAUUGCCUGAACCGAACAUUCGGAGCUCAAUGGACCAGCAGAGAGGCUCUUCCUGAGUUCGAAGCUGUUCUUGGCUCCACAGCCAACUUGCCAUGCCAGGUGCCUCAAAGACCACCCGAGAGUGGAAUCAAGUGCAUAUUUUGGUACAAAGAUGAUGAGGUAAUGUCCGUCUACACAGUCGAUGCCAGAGAGGGAGGCCAAAACACUUUGCAUGUGCCAUCAGACAAGUUGCGAAGUAGAGCCUCUUUUGACCCUAAUCCAUGGCCUCCUGUUCUGAAGAUGGUAAAUAUCAAAGAGGGCGACGCCGGAGUGUAUUAUUGUAGAGUCGAUUACAGAUGGGACAGGACCUACAUGUAUACUGUAGUGCUGAAAGUCAUUGUUCCUCCACAGAAGCUCGUAAUUCUAAACGACCACGAUGAAGAGAUAAUUGGCACGGCGGGACCGUAUUUGGAGGGACAAAGUGUCAAGCUGACAUGUGAGGCUAUUGGAGGAAAGCCAAGCCCAUUUCUCUCUUGGUGGAGAUCUGGUGAGCCAUUGAAAGGAGGAGCACCUGUUUCAUUGCAUGGACAAGUGCGAAGUGACUACACAUUCAUUCCACGAAGAUCUGACCUUCAUACUGCUCUGACCUGUAAAGCUGUCAACAAUAAUAUCACUGCUCCUAACACAGUAUCCGUGCAGAUUGAUUUGUAUUUGAAGCCAUUGGAUGUCAGCGUUUCCCCCAAGAAAUCAAGUUUAACAGCAGGUCGUAAGGUGGAAGUGAGAUGUUACUCCGGUGGCUCUCGUCCUGCUUCCCGCAUGUCCUGGUUCCUGGACAACGAGCCCCUCUCCAACCACACGGAGCUCUUGUCAAUAGAUGCCAACAGGACAACGAGUAUAUUGACAUUUUGGCCCUCAAGAAGCGAUCACAAGAAGUACCUCCGAUGCAGAGCUGAAAAUUUCCUUUUGAGUGGAUCGGCUUUGGAAGAUGGGUGGCAUCUCAAUAUCACUUAUGUUCCUCAGGUAUCCUUGACUGUUCGGAGUUCAACAAAACAGCAACAUUCCACAUUCUUGGAAGGAGAUGAUGUACGCUUUACCUGCGAUAUUAAGGCCAAUCCAUCUGCAAAUGAAGUGGGUUGGUAUUUCGAUGGCAAACCCCUCAAACCUGAUCCUGAAACGAUAGUGAGUUAUCGAAGUCUACUCAUCCGUAGAGUCCAGAGGAAACACAGGGGACGAUACCAGUGCUAUGCAAACAAUGCUGAAGGGAUUGGAAUCAGUCGUGUUAUUAAUCUGAGGGCAAUGUACGCUCCCGUCUGCAGAGAAGAUUUAAAAAGAUCUUAUUCAGUAAAAGUGGAUGAAAUGGAACGAAUCGAAUGUCAGGUAGAUGCUGAUCCAUCGAAAGUCAAUUUCAAGUGGAGUUUCAGCAAUGCUGCCGAUCGUCACUACAACGUCUCCUUCACCAGUGCUGGUUUACGAAGUGUCGCCACUUACAUUCCCCGCUCCGCAAGGGAUUAUGGGACACUGUACUGCUGGGGCAAGAAUUCCGUUGGAGAACAACAAAUGCCGUGUAUAUUUACCAUCAUACCCAUAGGUCCGCCUGAAGCGCUUGAAAAUUGCACCUCGGCAAACGUCACGUCAUCAUCGGUGACAAUUUUAUGUGUAAGGGGCCCACGACAAGAUGCAGAUCUGAAAUAUAACUUGGAAAUGUUCAUGGAUGACAGGCCAGAGAAGAUAUACUCAACAAGUAGUCCAAGACCGUAUUUUGUAGUGAAUAACUUAGUAAAUGGCACACUGUAUAUUUUUGCAGUUUAUGCUGUCAACCAUAAUGGAAGGAGUGAUCCACAUACAGUAAAAGUAUGGACCAAACGCUUACCUACCGAGGAAAGAGUUUUCAGAGAACCGGAUGCUUUAGAAAAUAGUGCAAGUGAUCACUUCUGGAUUGGACCCAGUUUAUUAAUUGCUGUUGCCCUUUGCUGUUUUUUAAUUUUUGCUGCAGCAGCCAUUUGGUCGAAACUUCGAGGUGGACCUGGAUGUCAAAAAUGUAAAGAAAUACCAAAGCAAAUUCACUUUAAGAAAAGCUUUUCCAAGGGGAUGAAAAGUAACAAAAAUUACAUAGAUAGAAUGCCUGAAGGGUAUGAAAAACGCACUCCUUGCAUUUGAGAAAAACUCAUUAUUGUCCCCGAUAUGUGUUAUAUUGAUAGUUGCUUGAUGUGUUGCUAAUGUAAGAUCUACUUCCAUUUGUGUCAUUAAUGUGGAAAAACAGACAUAUGUCAUAAAAUUAAUGAUUGUAAAAAGUUUGAAGACCAAACUAUUCGAGAAACUGAUUUCAUUUGAAAUGAUUGUCAUUAUAUUGCAGUUAAUGCAAUCAUGAUUUAUCAUUUAUCAAACAUUUUUUUGUAAUAUUUAUAAUUAAUCAAUGACAUUCAUAUCAAUAAUCACACAUAAUGGCUGCACUAAUGUUACUGCUAAGAAAUCUCCACCUAUAUAUUACCAUAUUUGUUUGUAUAAUAUUUGAAUAAAUGUAAAUAUAUGUAUGUAUGUAUUUCCCUUAUAAACAUAUGUAGUAAUCUAUUGUUCGCAUGUAGUAUAGAAUACUUAAACGUAGGAUGUGCAUUUU